CAGCAGCUCUGUCAGUAGCCGCCGCGCACCUUGCCUUGGCGCACGUGCAAUCAACAACCUAAUAAAAAACAUACUUUAGAGGUUGUUGUAUGCACAUACAAGAAGAGCCGAAUCGAAUUCGAAGUUCCAACGAAGUCGAAAUCGAGUCGUGACAUUUGAAUUCCGCGCGUGAAUUUUUGGCGGGAUUUAGUUGUGUUGCUCAAGAUAAGAAUUGGUGAUUUUAUACGCAGUCUGUGAAUAAUCCACGAUGCUUCACGGAGGCUUGCUCUCGAAAUUGAAGGCGUAUUACAAGUGGUACGUGCUCGGGCUUGUGUCAGUCGGCUACAUAUUGGGGGAGCUUGGACAUUAUCUUAUAGGAACGACAUCAAAAGUAACUGCAGAAGACUUGCACUACGGCGACAAGUCAUGUCAGUUGAACGCGACCCACCUGCACCUCAGUCAGUUACCAGUCAUCUGCGAGAAAGUCAACUCAAGCGAAAUAUGCGAAACCUUAACUCUGAACGGGACUCGUUACUGCGAGUGGGGAUACAACGGGCUCGGCAUAGACUACCAGGUGCUGGCCGGGCCAGCGUUUAUGGCCGUGUUUACUGUGGUCGGCGUGGUCCUGGGGGUCGUCGCGGAUAAAUACAACCGCGCACGCAUCCUCUCCUUCUGCACCCUGGUUUUCGUGAUCGCCAUCCUACUUAUGGGCACCGUCUCCGAAUAUUGGCACCUCGUGAUCCUGCGCAUGAUCAUGGCGGCUGGCGAGUCCGGCUGCAACCCGCUCGCGACCGGGAUCCUGACCGACCUGUUCCCGGAGCACCAGAGGGCGCUCGUGCUGUCUAUAUUCAACUGGGGAAUCUACGGAGGCUACGGGAUUGCGUUCCCGGUUGGCAGAUACGUUCCCGAUUUGAAUGCUUGGGGAUUGAGUUGGAGGCUAUGUUACUACAGCGCGGGCAUCGUGGGAGUUGUGAUAGCAGCCCUCACCUUCCUCACUCUCCGAGAACCGGAGAGAACCACCAUUGGAGAGGAAGGAACGGGCAAUGCUAAAUCUGACAGCGUUGAGUCUGGCAAGAAGAUGCCGCAGGUUACAAUCUGGCACGUGAUCGUGCAGCCCAGGAUUAUACUUCUCUGCUUGGCUGCAUCUAUCAGACAUUGCGGUGGCAUGACCUUCGCAUACAACGCGGACCUGUACUACCGCGACUACUUCCCAGACGUGGACCUCGGCUGGUGGUUGUUCGCCGUCACCGUGGGCAUCGGCUCCAUCGGCGUUGUUGUUGGCGGUGUUGUGUCUGAUAAGUUCGUGUCCCGCAUGGGCGUGCGGUCUCGCGUGCUGGUGCUCGCGCUGUCGCAGCUGAUAGCGACGCUGCCAGCGUUCGGCUCUGUUGUGUUUGGGCCGCUAUGGGCUAUGAUAACACUCGCCUUCUCUUACUUCUUUGCUGAAAUGUGGUUCGGUAUUCUGUUCGCGAUCCUGGUCGAAAUAGUGCCGCUAUCAGUACGCUCAACCACUGUGGGCGUGUUUCUGUUCGUCAUGAACAAUGUUGGCGGGAACUUGCCUAUCCUCGUCGACCCGGUGUCAAAGGCCAUAGGCUACAGAGAGGCGAUCAUGAUCUUCUACGCGGGAUUCUAUGGCAUCAGUGCUAUUCUAUUCUUCUUGACGAUGUUUUUCAUGGACGGCCCAGUUGAGAAGGAAGAGGACACCAAAACAGAUGGUCAAGACAACCGAGCCUAUAUUCACGAUGAAACCCGCCACAGGCCGACCGCGACAGUACAAAACGCACGAUUGUAGAAAUUAAAAUUAUAUGGCAAUUAAUUUUUCUUGCCACACAAAUAAAUCGACUGAUUUGAGGUUGCUUCUACCGUUGUAGAGAUUAUCUGUGUGAUAUCGUUUAUCUGUGAACGAUCAAUUUGAUGUCAUUACAUGGCGCGUAUUUUAAAUUGAAAGUUCGUAAUCUGCGCAUGAAGAUUUCAAUUUUCAAAUAAAAUUAUUGUUUAUUGUAGUCUUUCAAAGGAAAUGAAUACGAAGUGAUAUUACACCGUUCCUUUAUUUAAUUUAUAAGGUUUAGAUUAACUAGUAUUUAAUGUUCAAUGUUGUUAUAGUUUUAGUGUUUUAUAUUUAUUUUAAAAUUGAAAUGAAUCCGAGUAUUUUUUUGUCGUAAUUACUGAGGGGCUUAUAUAGAUCUGAGAAUAAUGGGUAAAUUUUAACAUAUAAGUUCAUGUUUCGCCUAGUAAAUUUAGUAUUUAUAUAGAAUAUUAAUUUUACUCAUAUUCAAUUUACAGACAAGCCCCUCUAGUGCUCUCUAUAUUUUCUAAAAUCACUUAUCUUAUAAGUCUAAAGAACUUGAAAUAUAUCAAUUUAAGUGCCAAUCGUAUUCCAUGUCCAGAUUGGUAUAAUAAAAUCCUUUUAUUUUCUUAUUUCUACUUCCUAUACAAUUAUUUAGAGUCAAGUCACGUUUUCCAGUACAUUUAUGAAAAAUAUUCUUACCAAAGACCUAAAAUUUUCAAUAAACUGAAACAAAACCAUCUGGAAAUUUCUUUUAACCGAAACUGUAUUCCUUUAUGAAUUAAACAUUUUCAAAUUUCUUGACAGAACACAAAAUAUAUCAACAAAAAUCUUGCCUUAAAUAUUUGUUACAAUAAAAGCAGUUAUUUGUGAUACACUGUAAAUAUUUAUUGUUAAGAUUUAUAUUGUAAAUAAAUCAU